ACAAUCGUUCGGACAUCUCGGCGCUUAUCUCGCACCUCCGGGCCGGAACAGUAUCAUCGCCACCCUCAGCUCAGUUCAUCCAUCGCAUCUCCCCGAGCACUCAUCGGCAAUCGCCUUUUGGCAAAAAUGGCAUCACUAACCCCACCUCUUCGACGUUUCAGCCUCGUCUUCUACGCGCCCCCCGCGUCCGUCGCCGCCUGCAAAGCCGCCAUCUUCAAGGCCGGCGCGGGCCGCUACCCGGGGCCCGGGGGCUACACGGAAUGCUGCUGGCAGGCGACGGGCACGGGGCAGUUUCGUCCGGGCGACGCGGCCAACCCGGCUAUUGGGGAGGUGGGCAAGCUCGAGGAGAUCCCCGAGGUCCGAGUCGAGACGGUGUGCGCGGGGGAGGAGACUGUCAAGAAGGUUGUCUCGGCGCUGAAGGAGGCGCAUCCUUAUGAAGAGGUUGCUUACCAGGUUUAUCGAAUUGAGGACUUUUAG